ACCAGCAAAGCAAUCGACAGAAUCCAUGGAUGUCUCUCAGUCUCCUCUUACACAGUUGCCAUCUCUCUCCGAGCUGGAGUCUCGGAUGCAAGUAAUGCGCGUCUCUGCUCUUGAAGAAAACCAAACCGGUGAAACGUUUUCUCAACGUGCUGAAUGGUUUUACCAGAGACGUCCUCUCCUUCUCUCACUCUGUCAAGAUCUCUACGAUGGUUACGCUACUCUCUUGGACCGUUUCAAUCAAAACCCUAAACAAGUCAUUCCUCAUGACAAUGAUACUGAUACUGACAUCACUUCUGAAGUAGAAAGCAUCUUGUCCUUUCAACAGAUGGAAAUCUCCACUAGUGAUAAGCACAAGAACAUUGAAGAGUUAGUCUCGCAGCUCGUGACUGCGAACUUGGAGAAAGAUACUGCGAAGCACGAGUUACAAAGCAGAGAAAAAAAGUUGCUAGAAGCUUCCAAGACAAUUGAAUUGCUAAAGAAGCUUGUGAUGUUACUUGACAUGGAGAAAGAAGUAGCUGUAGAGGAAACCGCAAAUCUCGGAUACAAACUCACUUCUCUCCUGGAAGAGAACCGAGAGCUCGCCACUGAAGCGCUGUUUAUGAAAAAGGAAGCAGUUAGGCUUGCUAGAUGCGUGCUUAAGAUGAGGGAUGAACAUUUUCAAAAGAUGUGUCAUCUCCAGAACCAAAUCUACGCUCUGCAGUCUUCGAGAGAGUCUGUCUAUGAAAAUGUAUCUGCGCCGAGCUGCUUUGGAUUGGAUAAUAGUAAGAACAAGAGCAAGAAGCGAAAGAUGAGUGAAACAAGAAGUGAAACUGGAGAGAAAAAGAGAUCCAAGUGGCUAAAGAGACUCAAUACCAUCAAUCCCUUUACCAAAUGUAGCAUUACCCCAUCGUCUUCUCCGCUCCAUCAUGCUGCACUCUAAAUUAGUUACUACUCUUUACAUUGUAUUUCUGAUAAUUCAUUAGGAUUGAAAAUAAUGCAUGUGUGUGUUC